GCUUAUGGGUGGAGAUCUCUGCUCGCCCAAAGCGACAGGGAUCGGAUGCCAUGCUGCUGUCCGCCUGUUUCCCCUGAACGGUUUUCUGCGCCUCUGGAUGCUGCCGGCCUCCCUUUCGACUCGCGACUUGAUGCGACAAUGCUGCAGAUCUGUGGGCAUUCUUGACUCCUGGCACUUGUCCUGCUGGUCUGCCUGUCUUCUGUCUUUCGGUCCCUGAGGAGGUAGGUCGUGUGUGCUGCGAGGGAGCGAGCAGAGAGUGAGGGCCCGACUGACUGACUGUGUCUGUCUGUCUGUCUGUCUGAGUGGUUAAUUGGCUGUCAGUCUGUCUGCAUAGGUGGUAGAGAGGGACUUACUGCUUGCCUCUCUCUCCAGUUGUGUAAUUGCUCACGGUCUGCAUGCACGUCUGCACCUACCUACCCUCUCUUGCUGGGUGGCCGGUGAAGUGGUCAAGCUAAGCAGCGAUGUCUAUUUGUUCAGUGAUUCAUUCACGCGCUGACUAGGUAGCUGCCUGGUUGGCUGCAGGUUUGUCUGAGCGCGCCGUCUGGGUUUUUUGGCUUGUGAGUGUCUCGUGCGUUCGUCCGUCCGUCCGUCCGUCCGUGUGUCCGCGUGUCCGUGUGUCCGAGGGUCUGUCUUGUUUUUCCGGUUCUAUCUAUCUGUGUAUUGAGUAAUUAUUCGCUCACUCCCGCUUGUUGGUCAUGUGACCGGCCGACUGACUGACUGAGAUGCGUAAGAGUGACAUGUCAUGUGCAUACAUUUGAGUAGCCAAUUUGCGUAAGAGAUGCCCUUGCUGGCAGAGAAGGAGCUAUUCUGCUUCAGGUAGGGAGGUAGGUAUUGAUGGACGAGAGGACGAGUCAAGCAGAACAGAAGCAGGUCAGUCAGUCACUGUGUGUGCUGUGUGUCUGUCUGUCUGUGUUGAUUGAUUGCAGGACGAAGCAGUGUGUGCGGCUGCGUAAGUAUGGGCGAUGCGACUAUGGCCAGCGGUGCCAGUACAGUCACUCCAAUGAGUGGCCGCGUAGAUGCCCCUUCUACAUCAGGUACGUACGUGAAGCGCAGACAGACAGACAGACACGCAUACACAAGCACAAGCGUUGAUGCUUGCGUCGUCUUGGUGUGUUGUCGUCCGUUCGUCAGUGAUCCGACGUCGCUGCGUUAUGUGCCUGAGUUGUGUCCCGAUGUGGUGUUCAAGCGGCGUGGUGAGGGUGGCGAUGAGGACAUGAUGCCCGACCUGGAGAGGACGACGGUCAACGAGCACGAGAUACUCGUCAACGCGUGCGCCAGGGGAGGCGGGUGCCCCUUCUGCCACUCCACUGAGGAGUACCUUUACCACCCACUCAAAUACAAGGUCGGUAAGGUCGGGGCACCGGUGCACCGGUGCACUGCACUAGCACACACGUAUAGGACACGGCUGAUGUAUGUGAUUGAUGCAUUGCACACAUACAUUUUGUCCUUUCUUACUUGGCUGGUUGGUUGGUGGUUCAAACAGACGGAGCUGUGUCACAGGUAUCACACGAGCAACACGGCUGGCCCCCCUCACUCACCCGACUCUCAGCAGCAGCCACCAUCCCAGCCCUUCGGAUGGAACACGAGCACCAGCAGCAGUAGCAGCAACACUGACCGCUCGGCGGGUCAGCUGCCCAUGCGCUGUCAGUUGUACUUCUGUCCCUUCAUCCAUGGUGUUGCGGAGAACCGCAGGGCGCAGCGCACCAGCGACCAGCGGCCCAUCUACAAGUUCAAGUAUAGGAACCGGGGCAGCAUCGGCGACGGGCUCGACAACCUGAGGCGACACAACCAGCAGCGCCACAUGCGCGAGGUGACGUCGUCCUGCAGUUCAUCGCCUGCGUGUGAGGGGCAGCGGCCGAUGUACCAAGAUGCGGGCGAGGACGCAGGCGACAUGCAAGAGGGCGGCGCCAACGGGGCAGGCGGACCGGUCUCACCCAUGGAAGAAUCAGGUGGGCGAGGCGAGGCACGGCACGCAGUGGAGGGCAGAGCAUGUUCACCAUGGCUUGUAUCGGUCCUUUUGUUGUGUGUGUGGCGUCAAUCCGUUCAGUGCUCAAGUGUUUGAGUCAGUACCCACACGUGGAGGUCCUCACGCGCACGCAGCGACCACCGGGCAGCAAGCGAAGGCAACACAGUGAAGACCCGCCCAGACCCGACCCAACACACCAUGACGUGGCGGACCAGCAUCAGCCAACCAGUAGCGUCCAUCUGGAUACCCCUGGCUGGCCCACCACCGCUCCUCCACCCCCCCCAUCGCCGCGUCACGACGAGCAUCAAUACGAUGUGCAGCGCCAGCCUCCGGCGUAUGGUCUGCCACCGCCGCCGCCGCCACCACCACCGCCCUACCUCCCCUCCUGCUAUAUCCACCACGGACGGUCGCGGUCACUCUCGUCGGCUCGGCACGAGGGACGGCCACCCACGCCACCACAGCGGAUCACGUCUCCAAACCACGAGGAGAGGGCCCCGUCUUAUCCCGCUGGCCCUCCCCCAAUGUGGCUGCCCAAUGAGUCGACAAUCCGCGUGGACUACCCCAUCAUUGUGUCAUCGUCGGGUGGACACGACGGAGGACAGCAGGUGGAGACGUGGGGACAGACCUUCUCUGGACAGGUGGUGGUUUCGCGGCCAUUCCCCAUCACGGCUGCUUCGAUGCACCCACCGCUCGCUGGAACUAAAGCCGGUGCUGAGCAGCGACCGGCUCACGCCUAUCAGCGGUCACUCUCGCCCUCAUCCUCGGCAUCCAUCGGGCGCCCUCCGCCCUACCCGCCCUCUGCCUAUGCGAGACUGGCAUCAGCUCGACCCCCUCCCCCGCCCCCUCCCGUCGCCCCACCCCAAUCAAUGUGGCCGGAGCACUGCACACCCACAAGCCCCUCCUCGUCUCCCUCGUCAACGCGCAUGACAGACACAGGGUCGUUCCCGCCGUGUGACUCUUCGCUUAGGGCCACCCCGCCCCUCUCGCAGCAGCUGGACUCUUUCAGGACCCUCCCUCUGGAUCCAUCAUCCAACAGCGCCACCACAGCCACAAACGCCAGCAGCAUACCCGUCUACUGCCAGCCACUGCUCCCGUCGAGGGAGCAACAAAAGGACGACGGGCCAUCGGAGGCCGCUGGCAGUGGGCCAAGGAAACGGGGCAGGGAUGGCGGCUGGCAGGAGGGAAGAGAAGAGGGGGAGGGCAGCCCCUCGCGUCAGUCAUCAGAUGCGCCGGACGAGCAGCUCGCGAGCCACCAGGAGCAGCAGGGCAAGUCCUCGUCGGUCGGUCUCGACUUCCUCUUCGCCGGCAAGAGGAGCGAGGGCGACAGCGAGGACCCAUCGCCGUCCAGCCCUGCAGGGCUGUCCGCCGCUGCCCAGACUGCUCAGACUGUCGACGGCAGAGAAGAUCCCGCCAACGCUAGACAGCCGCCGGAGCAAGAAGCCGACACUACCAACAACGACCAAGGAGACAAGAGCAAGGAUGCAGACGAGGAGCCAUCACAGCCGUGCCAGGUGCCGCCAGCUCGCCAGCCCCAGGAGGGCGUCAGCUCCCCGGCCAACGACCCCAGCAACUCGUCAUGGUCGUCGUCGAGCUCCUUUUCGCUCUCGUCGCCCUCGGCGUCACCCACUGGCGGCGGCCUGUCCAAGCGCAUGUCGCGGACAGUCAAGCUGCACAACCUCGACAAGGCCACUGGGGAUCGUCAGGGCGCGGCAGCGGACAAGGCAGCGGCCAAGGCAGACUCAUCCAGCAGCAGCAACAAAAGCAGCAGCAGUGAAGGCGGCGACAAGUCUGCCGUGGACAAGGGAGAGUCCCCCAGCCUUCAGCCGUCGUCCUCCAGGCUGCGUCGUCUGCCACCCCCCGUCAGCUCCAAACCCGCCGAGCAGCAUGACGAGGAGCCCCGAGCAGCGGGGGGUUCAGUGAGCGACAAGGCGCACCAUCACGGUGGCUGGGAGGAGAUCGUGCAGACACUUCAGGCACAGCUAGUCAGCUUUGCGGCAGGCAGGGGCGGGGAUGAGUCCGUCACUGUGCCGCAGUCAGUGCCGCAGCAGCAGCAGCAGCCACCUGGUGGUCCGUCGGGUGGCGGAGGUGGUGGUGUGUCUCCGUUGCCAUUGGUAGAGCUGCAUCGUCUGGCGUCAGUGCUGAGUGGGAUGAGCCUGGAGAGCGACGACAAGAGCAAGAAGGACGACAGGAUGGAAAUACUCCAGCAUUCACUCAGAGAGGUGGGCGGGCCGGGCAUGCAGAUGAGCCGAGCCAGCUAUGGCCGCAUUCAUUAACGCGUGUAUGCUCGUAUUGAUUGAUUGAUUGCAGAUAGUGAGUGCCUGCAUUGGCCCCAAGGCGGCGACGCUGCAGGCCACAAGCCCCUCCCCCUCACCCCCUGCAUCACCCAUUCCUCACCCCCCAGCUGUUGCGGCGGCUGCUGCUAGUGGUGCUUCUCUGAUGGCCGCGUCGGGUGCGAGCAGCCCCGACUCGGCCCCAGCGACUCUACUAAGCGGUGACCAUCCCCCGUCGCCCCCCUUCAUGGGCGUCAAUCGCUCUGCCAGUCUGGACGCGAUCGUCACGGCGGGGCCAGAAGAGCAACAAGACACACACAUGAGCCACGACAGGUAGGCAACAGCCAGCAAGCCACACGCAAACAUGCCAUAGAAACGUGUCAGUUUGCUCGUUCAGGCCAUCGCCGCCAGAGCCGGCAAACGAGGAUGAGUUGUUGACCGAACAGGGCCAUCCUCACCUCCCACCCCAGCCGCCAUCCGCCUCGUGGGCACCCCUUCCCCCCAAUGUCACCGAGGCAUCCCCCUCGUCGCCAUGCGACGGCUGGACGGUCUCACUCAGCAGUGCGUCGGCACACCCGCACCCACAAUCUGACGAGGGUGAGGAGGGUCAAGGCCACGGCGGGCAGGCGGCGGAUGACAGCGGCGACGGCGGGGGGGAUGGCGAUGGCGACCAUGGUGAUGCUGUGCGCGUGGGUGAGGAUAUAGCCUCCGCCGUAGCCAAUGCCGUCUUCUCGUAGGGGAGGGAGAUCAUAAAGCGGCUGGCCGGCUGGCUGGCUGGCUGGCUGCUUAGGUAGGUAGUGUCAUCAGACUAUUCACUGGUGGAAUGGAAUGAUGCCCCCAUAUCCCAGGGUUCGUCUGUUCGCCGAUCAGAUGAGCAGAUGGGAUGGGCAUGGGUUUUGGCUUCUCAUUCGUUCAUUCUUUCAUGUUGCGUAAUUUCCGCGUAGCUGAAUGCGGACAGUGGAGAGGGAGAGAGAGAGCGAGAGAGAGAGAGAGAGAUGGGUCGCCGGGGGGAUGAGUAAGUAUGUAUAGGCACAUCGCUACACACCGAUGACCAGUUAUCCAUCGACAGACAGACAGACAGACAGAGACGUCACGAACAUGUCAUGUCAUUCCUUCGGUCGGUCUCUUUUUCAGCACCAAGGUAUGGUAUGUAUGUAUGGAUGUCUGUAUGUCCGUGUGCUGUGCAUGUGUGUGCGUGUACAUACAAACGAACGAACCUUCUUCCUUGGUUAAUUCCUUCCUUCCUUGUCUGCCUGCCUGCCUGCCUGCCUGCUUCCUUAAUUGCUGGCUGUCUGUCUGUCUGUCUGUCUGUCUGAUGUCAUCGUUGCCUUGCCGGGGCGCCGCUGUGUUGUCCUUUUAUGUAGCUUGCUUAAGAGAUAUCUCUGUCUGUCUGCGGUGAGUGGCUGACUGAUUGCAUCGAUUGAUCGAUCCAUUUUUGCAUCUCUAUGCAUACCUACCUACCUACCUACCUGAGUGAGUGAGUAAUCAAUCGCCCCAUCGCUGGCUGGCUGGCUGGCUCGGUGCUUAAUCUCUUAUCAUGUUGACUGACUGCCACGACUGACUGACACAUGUAUGCAAUGCAAUGCAUGCUAUGCUGACGAGUGAACGAAUGGACGAGCGAGUAGAUCCGUCCGUCCGUCCGUCCAUCCAUCCGUUGUAGGGAUGCGUACGUACCGUACCCUUUGUAGCGAUCGAUCUUUCGAUGUGAGCAGCAGUUUGUUGGUUGCGUGUGCGUGUGUGUGUUGGCGGAGCGGAGCGGAGCGGAGCGGGGUGGGCGUGGGAGGGGGUGGGAUGGGCGGCGGGAGGUUUUCAAGCAUCACUCAUUCAUGUCAUGUGUGCGUGUGUGUGCGUGCAUGUGUACACUUUCGUGUUUGUAUUUUCGUUGUCGCCCUCGUCCAUUUGAUGCGUUUGUUCCGUUUGAUCUGAUCCCUUUGUGAGGAAGGAAGGUUCUCGUGUUGUGGUGGAGUGGACGGAUGUGGGAAGAAGGGGGUCACUCACAGGUUGGGGGCGCGUGAAGGAAGACUUUGCGUAGACACACAGGUGGAGUUUGCUGCAUGGCUUCCGUUGCUCGGUUCGUUCGUUGGGUUUAAUGCGGGUGGUGUACACGUACGUACGUACCUUUUGUGUGUUGUGUGUGUCUGUGUGAGUUGCGUGCAUAUUAUGGUUUGUAAGGGCCGCUCACCUCACUCACACCAUUCAUUCCGCUUGCCCCUCCUGCCUCCCUCCCUCCUGUCGGUGUUUUGUUAUGUUAACCCGCCUGCCAUCUUUCUUCGAUCUGGUUUGUUAGGCAACCGACUCCAUCUACACACAUUCGCACCUUUGCUGUGUCCGUCUGUCUGUCUGUCUGUCUGAGGAUUUUCGUGCUGGUUGAUCGCGGGCGGACCGGACCGGGCGGCUGUCUUGUCUGCGCCGCCCCCUCCAUCCCUCCCUCCCUGUCUGUCUGUCUGUCUGUGUGCCUGUGCAUUGUGGCCUGCCUUUCAAGCUAUUCAUUACAUCUAAGACGUAGGAUCUAUAGUAAGUAGGUGAACAACUGUUUGAUGAGAUUCGUUCCUUCUGCUGACUGAGAGAGAGGCAACGUACCGUCCACACACCGAACUGGCACACUGUCUGCCUGACCCGACCACCGUGCGUACAGGACACGCUUAUACAUAUGUAUGUAUGCUGGCUGGCCGGCUGCUCACUCACCCACUCCCACCUUGCUGGUUCUCGCCCCCUCUCCCUCUCUCCCUCUCCCUUAUCAGCAGCUGUCUGUCCUGGCCUGCAUGUGCCCUUCCUUGCUUCGCUAGCUCAUCUCCGACAUAUACCUCUAAGCCCUUUCUUGCUUGAUUCACUUCGCACUUAGCCGACCGAGGGACGCUGCAUUCACACACUCCCCUUCCCCAUCCCCCCUCCCCUUCCCCCCCUACCCGUCCGUCAUGCAUGACUACCUGCCUGCCUGCCUGUGUUGGGGGGGCUGGCUGCAUUCCAGUACCUGUGUAUGUCAUGAUACGAUACGUGUCGGUCCGUCGGUCCCAUUUGCUGCGUGGAUUGGAUGGAUGUUUGAUGGGUGAAUGGACGGACGGACGGAUGCGUCCGUCCGUCUGCCCGCCCGCUCCACCCCGCCCGUCCCUUUGCCCCUCGAUCGAUAAUACAUACAUACAUGUGCGUGUGCAUUGAUGGCAUGUGUACGUGUACGUGUACGUGUACGUGUACGCGUGUACGUGUACGUGUACGUGUCUGCCUGCCUGCCUGCAUUGCAUCAAGUACAUGGCCAUCAUGCCUUUACAUACAGACAUACAUACGCAUCAAUCGUCCUUAGACUUUAUACUUUCAGUGCACUGCCGGUGUCUGAAAGGCCCCCUUUACAUACUCCUCGCUUAUAUAAUAUCCCAGCCUCUGGGUUCUGUCUGUCUCUAUGCUGCAUUGCAUUGCAUUGCAUGCUGACAGACAUCAUGUGCAGUGCAGUGCACCCAACACCUGCCUGCCUGCCUGCGUACGUACGUACUUGCGGGACCCCGAGCAGGGCCUGGCCUGGCCUGGUUCUGGUGCGUGUGGUGCUGCAUACGUGUCAUGCGUGUGUUGCGUGAAUGAGUGUCUCGUAGGGGUUUAUAUCCUUUCUCUAUCUGUUUCCUUCUUUCUUGCAUGGGUACAUGACAUGCUAUGGAUGCCAGUCACAUCACUCUCCUCCCUCCCUCCCUCCCUCCCGCCUUGCGUACCCAUCCUCCCUCCCUCUAAACGGGGCGCCCACCACCGAUUUUGGUACUCACACCCAUUCCAUUCCUCCGGUGCGUGUGUGUGUGCGCAUUAUGGAUGCUGUGUGGGUGCUCUGUCUGGGUGGGGCGGAACGAGCGCAUUGACUGACGGAUUGAUGAAGGGCAAGAAACACACAGAGACUACGCUACGUGAUUGAAGCCGUAUGAGAAUCGGUGGUUAGGUGCUCCGUCGCAUGGACGCUACUUGGUCGCAUCCAUCGCAUGAGUGAGUUGUGUUGUUAUUAAGACGAGACGAGACGUACGGGAGUGCGGCAGGGCGGACGAAAAUCCCACGAUCGAAUCGCAUCGGUGAUGAUGUGAUUCAGAUGUACGGUCGUU